AUGGAUCAGAAUCGAGGGUUUCGGGAAGUAGCGCCCCCCGAUGAAGCUGAGCAGCAUGCGCAGCGAAGUCAGCUAACCAUGAACAAAACCGGCAAGCGAAGCUACCAAAGAGCUUGUAAAGUUGCCCUGGCGAAGGGAGCAGCACUUUACAAAGGCCGUCUUCUGACAGCUCAGGCUCUAGGAGCUCAUGAAGGUCAAUUCGCGUCUCCUGCGAAAGCGGAGAAGCGUUCUUUUCAACCGAACAGACAGAUCCAUCACAAAUUUGACAUGGAAGUCCUUACUUGGAACGCAGGCUCAAUUACAAGCCGAGUUUGGAACGAGAUUCUGGCCCUUUUGGCAACAACAGAGUACAAGAACAUCAAAAUCGUCUUCCUGCAGGAAUCGCACUGGCAGCAGGACCAGGUCUACAGCUCAGGCCCGUGGUCAGUCCUAACCUGUGGUUCAACAAGCAGACACAAGGCUGGCCUGGUUGUCUUGGUGCAUAGCUCACUGGCUCCUCUUUCAGAAAUUCGCAGCACUUCCAUUGUUCCAGGGCAUUUGCAGCACGUCAUGAUCCCGUGGCAGAGAUCCAGAAUACAUCUCCUGAAUCUGUACCAGCACGUCUGGGAUUCAAAGCUCUCGAAGACGGAAAACAGAGGCAGGAGAAAGGACGUGAUGACACAGCUCGAAAAUCGCAUUCAGCGAGUCCCACAACGUGAUUUUUUGCUUGUGGCUGGGGAUUUCAAUUCGCAUGCGGUGACUGAACGUCCUCAUAUCGGACCCAGUGUGCCUCAUCGAGUACGGUUUGCAAAUGCAGAUGUGAAGACACUGCCCUCGCUCUGCAAAUCCUGUGGACUAACUGCGCUGAACACUUGGGCUUCUGGCCAUCGCAGUACGUAUGUUAACAGUGAUGGCACAUAUUCCUCUCAGAUCGAUUUUUUGCUGGUCAGACUGCACGAUGCUCGGAGGAGAUCCAAGGAGGCCUACUCGGAUAAGAACUUUCCUGUGGCUGCCUACAGAGAUGGAUCAAAACACUUUCCAGUGCGAGCUACUCUGUUCAUUCCUCCUUACAGUCCUACACCCAGCAAGCCACGGCCGUUUGAUGCCACAGCCCUGGAUGCGAGCUUUCGGCGGAAAGAUGACAACUGGCAGGCAUUCUCACAUCGUCUGACGGAAGCAGUGGUGAGGACAAUGCAAGUGAGACCGUCUUGGCAAGAACUGGAUGAAGUGAUGGUUCGUGUAUCAGCUGAGCACUACCCUCCACCACGCAAGUCUCAGCCAGCAGCAGGUCCGGAAUAUUGGAAGAAAGUGCGGCGAAUCCAGGCGCACAAGAGGGCUGGAACCGAGCAUAAUCCAGAAUGCCAGAAGCUUGUGGAGGACAUCAAGGAGGAGGAAACUCGCUCCGUGGCGCCCAGUGCAGAGAGUCAACCUAAGGGAUCAAGCAGGUGA